UGUUCUUACCUUCCAGGUCCUGACACCAAGUUCUGAUGUUGGUUUCACAGUUGAACAGAUAUUAUUUAACAAGACAGGACAAUAUUUGGCAAUAUGGGGUCAGGUUGGCAUAUCUAUCAUGCAAAUGCCACAGCAAAGCGGCAAAAAUGGAAUGUAUGGUGGAGGAAAACAGAACGUAGUGGUUCGUACUUUUCCAUUGGUUGAGCGACUGCUUGUGAGCCAUGCAGACAUUCGACUUUUACAAGUAAGCUGGCACCCUGGCAGCUAUUACGAUGGACACGUGGUGUUUCUUGCUCUGGACAAUAUACUCAGGAUCUGUGACAUAAAUGAACCAGACAAGAUAUUCCAGGAGAUCUCCCUCAGCUCCUCCAAUGUGCCUCCAUCUAUGCAUUAUUCUCUCUACUCUGUUGCCAUUGGUGACGCAGCGGUCAGUUUUAGCUUUGGUUCCGUAACCGAGCUGCCUUGUAAAUCACGGACAGCCUCCAAGAAGACCCGAUUAGUUUGGCCAAUCUACAUUCUCCGUGGAAGCGGAGACGUCCUGCUCCUCUACAGCGACAUUACAUCCAAGACAUCCAAGUUUUCAUUCUUGACAGGCCCCUUGUUGGUUCAUCCACCGGCUGAGGAUAAUUAUGGCACCGAUGCUUGUUCUAUCCUUUGUCUACAGACCACCCCUCCUGUUGUUGUCAUAGCUACCAAUGAAGGCAAGUUACAUCACUGCAUUGUCCUUAAUGAGAAGAGCGGAAAAUCUACCAUUCCGGACACAGCCAACUCCGAUGAUUCCAGUUCCUUGCUUGACCUCCCAGAAUGCAACAGUACUCUCUCCACGGACUUCAAUGAUCAGAGUUGCCUCUAUGUCUACGAAAGCGUAGAACUGGAGUUGUCCCUUCAGGGCCAGUCCCUAAGGAGAAAUAUUCCUAUUGAAGACGUCUUCACUUGCCCCAUUCAUCUUGUGAAAGAGCCGAGAGAAUUGAUCAGCUAUUGA